AACAGAAAAGGAAGGAGGACUAAGGAAACUGGUUAAAAAUUACAAAAAAUUAAUCUCAACAUGACCACUGCCGCCGUUUCCAAGUGGCGAUCGUUACUCUGCGAAUCCAGUCAACUCCAGCUAAAGGCAACUCUGCUCGGUGGUCAAAGCUUCCGAUGGAAAGAUUACAAAUCAACCGGAAAAGGAGAAUCAGAUGAUGGAAACGGCGAGUUCAUCGGUGUAUUUGCCAACAUCGUGUGGCUGCUGCGACAAACGGAACGGGAGCUACAGUACCGGAUCGUCGGAGAGCAACUGUACCCGAAUGCGUCCGACAAUGCGCCCCAAACACCGGCGGUAGCUAGCAAGACCCCCGAGGGUACUAAUCUAGCGCAGGUUCGGAUGAAGGUGCCCGAGCCGAAGGAAUUUGCCAAGGACAGUGAAUUGCUGUAUCCUGCCGCGCACUAUGAGCAACUGUUGCGGAUCUACUUUCGGUUGGACGUCGAUCUGGAGCAACACUAUCGGAAGUGGAUCGAGUGUCACGAUCACUUCGCCAACAGUGCCCACCGGUUUUACGCAGUCCGGCAGCUGGACCAGGAUCCGGUCGAGAAUCUGUUCAGUUUCAUCUGCUCCCAGAACAAUCACAUCACAAGAAUCUCGGAUCUGGUAGAGAAACUAUGCUCGAACUAUGGGGACAAGAUUUGCGACUACGAAGGCACCACGUACUGGAACUUCCCCUCAGUCGAGGCCCUUGCGGACGGCGCGGUCGAAACCCAAUUGCGUGAGCUUGGAUUCGGGUAUCGCGCCAAGUACAUACAAGGGUCUGCGGGCAAAAUCCUUUCGCUCGGUGGUCUCGAAUGGUUCCGGCGUCUAACCGAGCUCGACUACAAAGCGGCCCGUACGGAACUGAUCGGACUGCCGGGCAUCGGGCCGAAGGUGGCCGAUUGUGUGUGCUUGAUGUCCCUCAACCACCUGCAGGCCAUUCCGGUCGAUACGCACGUCUUUCAGCUGGCCAAGCACUACCUAAGCGGGCUCGGUAACAAGACGCAGGCCGUCACCGAUAAGCAGUACGUGCUGGUGGCGGACAAGUUCCGGGAGAUCUACGGACCGUACGCUGGCUGGGCACAGACCGUGCUGUUCUGUUCCGAUUUGCGACAGUUUAAGGAUCGGAACGAAAACAACGUACCAUCGAGCGAUAAGGUCCCGGUACCGAAGAAGAAAGCGAAGAAAGGGAACUGAAGAGGACGCGGACAGGAGAAGCUCAUG